GUGACGUUGGUUUAGAAAGCUGUGAUACCAUGAAUAAACGAGUUCACUGCUGAAGAAUGACAAUCGUAAUAUUCUAACAACUACAUCCGAUAGCAUGUCCUUGCGGACCAUGACCUUGGUCGGCAAGCUUCUCGAAGUUGAGAAAGGUAGGUGGGGGGGCCGAGACAGUCAACUGAAGUGUUAUCGCGUUGACUGAAAUAAAUAAGCCCACUCUCUCCGAUACUCUGAUCGACGACUUCAACAAACCCCUCUCAACAUUUGCCACAAAGAAGCAGCUCAUCCAGGUAUACGCACUUUGUUCAAAUGGCUCGAUCUUCACUAAAUGAGAUAUCAGAUUCUGGUGCUUUCACGAGAACUGCUUCAACAUUCCGUAAUUUUAUUUCACGAGAUCCAAAAUCCCAAUUUCCAGCAGAAUUUGGAAGGUAUCAUCUUUACAUAUCAUAUGCUUGCCCAUGGGCUUGCAGAUGCCUUGCAUACUUGAAGAUCAAAGGACUUGACAAAGCCAUUGGUUUCACGUCUGUCAAACCCAAGUGGGAAAGAACAAAGGAAACUGAUGAGCAUAUGGGAUGGGCUUUUCCUGCUUCAAAGACAGAGGAACCAGGAGCUGAACCUGACCCUUUGAACGGAGCAAAAAGUAUUAGAGAGCUUUAUGAGCUUGCUAGUAAAAGCUACACUGGAAAGUACACAGUUCCUGUACUAUGGGAUAAGAAACUUAAAACUAUUGUUAAUAACGAGAGUUCGGAGAUAAUUCGCAUGUUUAAUACUGAAUUCAAUGAUAUAGCAGAGAAUGCAGCUUUGGACCUUUAUCCUCCUCACCUGCAAGCCCAAAUUGAUGAGACUAACAAAUGGAUAUACCAUGGGAUAAAUAAUGGAGUCUAUAAAUGUGGGUUUGCGAGGAAGCAGGGCCCUUAUGAUGAGGCCGUGAAACAGCUGUAUGAAGCAUUGGACAAAUGUGAGGAGAUACUUGGCACACAACGUUACAUAUGUGGGAGCUCAGUGUGUGAAGCAGAUAUUCGAUUGUUUGUCACCCUCAUAAGAUUUGAUGAGGUUUAUGCUAUCCACUUCAAGUGUAACAAGAAACUGAUAUGUGAGUACCCAAAUCUGUUCAAUUACAUCAAGGACAUUUUCCAGAUCCCUGGCAUCAGUAGUACAGUCAACAUGGAACUCAUCAAGCGGAAUUACUAUGGAAAUCUUCCUACUAUCAAUCCAUUAGGCAUAAUUCCUGUUGGCCCAGGUAUCGACUACUCUUCCCCUCAUGACAGAGAGAAGUUUUCUGCAUAGAUUUUGUGUAAUUGCAGUCAAUAAGAUGAAAUGUCUGUAUCUUGAAGUCACAAGAUUUUCACUUUCAUCUAUCCAAAGGGAAAAUAGAAUCUUUAGAAGUUUGUGUGGUAGUAAUUAUUUUAGAUAAAUGCGAUGAUGAGUAUAUGACUGUGA